AUGGGUCGGAGACGAUUCUACGGCAUUAGACGAGUUCUAGCAGAAUGCAGAGAAACGAAGGAUUUUCGGUGGCGGGGUAGAGAGAAUGACAGGAAGAGCAAGCGGAGGGCCCGGACCACAUUCACAGCAGAGCAGCUUCAGGAGCUGGAGAAGAUCUUCAAGUUCACCCAUUACCCGGACAUCAACAUCCGCAACCAGCUGGCCGCCAAGAUCAACCUCCCAGAGGCCAGGGUGCAGAUCUGGUUCCAGAAUCAACGAGCGAAGUGGAGAAAGCAUGAGAAAUUUGGUAAUUUUGGUGGCCUGCAGCACUUGACCGAAGUGGACUUUAUCCCAGCUCCAAAGCCAGACAUCACUGUUCCCGGCUUGAUACCCAGGUCUCUGCCUAGCUUGGCUCCCCCCUCUGGAUAUUACCUUCCAAACCAAGGGCAGCUGAUGCCCACCUGGUUCCCACCCAACAUCCUCCCCUUCGUCCCAUUACCUUGGGACAGUCUGCCUUUACCCAGCACUCAUUUCCGAUUUGAAAAUCUCCCCAUCUCCAGCAUCCCUCUACCCCAGAAUCCCGAAUGGGGCAGAGUAUGCACAAGGAAUACGUAGAAAGAGGGAGGGUCCUCUUGGCUUCGACUGCCAGCCCUGGACCUCCACUUACAGCAGAGGGGCCCAAGAGCCAGCCAGAGAAUCCAAGCCCGGCCGAGACCUACCGUACAAGAGCCAGUCAAAGGACGCAGCACUGCAACACUCCCUGAAUCUGGAAGAUAGCUGGUAAAAUUCCAAGGCGCUGGAAUAUUCUCCACUGAACCAACUGCCUCUGAAGAGCUGGGUACGAGUGUUUAUGGAGGUGGGGAACAGUACAACGAUUCUCAGAAUAAAGUCUUUCACUUCUUUUCUAAGACCCAGCAGAUUCUCUUGUCCCGAAUACGGUCUGGGCAAGCAACAGUAUUUUGAACAAGACUCCGGAGGGGCCUAUUCAAGGGGUGGAGUGUUUUUCCACCAAUCAGGAGACUUGAUGGAUUGGACCUAACGACUGACAGGGAUCAAUAGUCUUCCUUGUACCUUACAGAUUGGUAUUGUAUCCAUUUCCGUGGAUGGGGACGGAUGGGGGUUUAAAUGAAAUCAUUUAGGUCAAAAAUCAAGUUCUACUUCAGUUGUGUUUUGGUGGGGUCUUUUGGCUUGUUUCUAAUUUAAAUAAAAAGCACAGAACGAGCUUUUCCUUUGGGUGCAGUGGUAUCGAGAAAGCGUUCAUUCGCUGGGCUACAUCCCGGCAGCGGAAGAUAUUUGAAUGGAAAUCUGUUUGGGGAGUUGUGAUUUCCACAAAGUCAGGAAUCUUUGAGUUCCAGAGGCAGAAUUUUUAAAGAGAGAAAUUGACUGAGGCGGAAGCAAGAU